AUGAUUGAUGCUUUAUAUAUUUUUUAUAUAAAUGGGCAAUUAUUAAUACAGAGAAGUUAUAGAGAUGCAACUAGAAAAAACGAUUUAUGCCAAUAUGUUAAUAAAUAUAUUAAAACAAAAAGGUUUUUUGAAAAUCCUAUAAUAGAAAUAAACAAUGUAUUUUUUAUAAAUGUAAUAAUAAAUGAGAUAAUUAUAACAGUUUUGACAAGAAAUAAUUCGAAUAUAUGUUUGAUUUUUAAUUUUAUAUAUAAAUUUAUUGAAAUUUUAAAUUAUUUUUUUAAUAAUGACAUAUCAGGGAUAAAUAUUGUUAAUAAUUUUGUCUUAAUAUAUGAAAUAUGUGAUGAAAUAAUUGAUUAUGGCUAUCCACAAACAUUAGAAAUAAAUAUUUUAAAAAAUAGUUUAGUUAAUAAAAUCAAGUAUUAUAGUAAAACAUCUAAAUAUUUUCAAAGUUUAAGUAAUGAAUUGUUAAAUAUGAAUAGUGUAAUUGAAGAUAUAGUUCAUGAUUCUAACAUACAAAAUACAAAAGAUAAUUCAAAUAUGAAAUAUAGUACAAAUAAUAAAGAUGCAUAUAAAAAAAAUACACUAAAAAAUAGUAGUAGUUAUGAGUUAAAUGAAAAAAAUAAAUUGAAGUAUAUAGGAAAAGAAACAUUAAAUAGGAUAAAAAACAAAAUCAUAAAUAAUAACAAACCAUUAAAUAAUUUUAGUUAUAUUACAGGAAAUUGUACAUGGAGAAAUAAUAAUAUAUUAUACAAAAAGAAUGAAAUAUAUAUUGAUAUUUUAGAAAUAUUAAAUGUAACAAUUAAUAGUAAUAAUUUAAUAUAUGCCCAUAUAAAUGGAAAGGUAACUUUAAAAUGUUUUUUAUCAGGUAUGCCUACGUGUGAAUUAAGUACUAACAAUAAAAUUAAUUUAUUAAAAAAUAAUAAUAAUUUAUUAAAAAAUAACACAAGUAAAAAUAAUAUUAAAAAAAAUAAUAUUAAUGAUGAAAAGGAAAAUGAUGAAAUUAUCAUUGAUAAUUGUAUUUUUCAUCAUUGUGUAACUUUAUCUAAGUAUGAAAAUACAAAAAUUAUAACAUUUACUCCUCCUGAUGGAUCAUUCGAAUUAAUGAAAUAUACUAUAACAAAAAAUAUACAAAUACCCUUUCAUAUUAUAGCUAUAUAUAAUCCAAUAGUUCAAUAUGUGAAAAAUUUAGAUAGAAAAUUUUCUUUAAAAAACUUAAAAAAUAAUAAUAAAAAUAUUUAUGAUGAAUAUAAAAAUACCAACAAAUAUGAAUAUUCAGUUACAAUUAAAUCAAAUUAUAAAGUCUCUAUGUACGCUACUGACGUUAUUAUAAAAAUACCAAUAUAUAAAUUUUCAGAAAAUGUUGAAAUUAAUUAUAAAUCAAUAGGGAAGGCAGAAUUUAAUAAUAUUGAAAGUGUAGUAACAUGGAGAAUUAAAAAAUUUUUAAGUUCAAGUGAACAUAACAUUAAAAUACAUUUAACUUUAGAAAAUCAAAACCAAAUAUAUUCCAAUAUUAAUAAUACACAAAAAGUAGAUAAUCUUUCUAAGGUCGUUUUACAAGUUCAUAAAAUUAAAAAUAUGAAUACCGUCAAAUUUUUAAACACGUAUAAGAUGCCAAUAACGUUAAGCUUUAAAAUUCCUAUGUACACUUCAAGUGGUAUGUAUAUACGAUAUUUAAAAGUUUUCGAAAAAUCGAAUUAUAAAAUAAUUAAAUGGAUUAAAUACUUAACGGAAUCCGGUAUAUAUCAAUAUAAAUAG